AUGGCCGAUCAGGAUCAACCUUCUACUCCCAACCCCGAUUCCAACAAUACAUCCCCCAAGCCAAAGCGUGCCCCUCCCAAAUUGGGCAAGAAGUCCCCCGCCAAACAAGAACAAACCCCUCCCCCAUCCGAAGGCCAGCCCGAGGACAAGAGCGAAGACUCCGAAAAGAAAGAAGAGAACAGCGAGGAAAACAACGAGCCUGAGCCCGUAAAACAACAAGAGCCAGACUCAGAUCAAGAAGAAGAGCAAGAACAAGACGACCCAGAACCCCAACCUGAACCUGAACCGGCUCCCAAGCCAGAACGUCGUCGUCGUCCCCGUCGCCCCCAACAACAAGAAAUGGAACAACCCCAGCAACCAGAACGUCGCCGCGUGCGUCGCCAGCGCCAGCCUAAGCAGCAGCAGCAGCAAGGACAAGACGGCGGUCCGCUCGGUGCUCUCGGCGGUCUCGGCGGUGUCGACCAAGCCGGCCAGCUCGUCCAGAACACAGCCGGAAAUGCCCUGAACGGCGUGACAGGCGGCGCCGGCAAGGCCGUCGGCGGCAUCCUCGGUGGAGGUGAGAAGAAGGAAGAAGAGGAUGGUGGUCGUGAUGAGCAGCUUCGUCUGCGGUUGGAUCUCAAUCUGGAUAUUGAGGUCCAGCUUAAGGCGAAGAUCCAUGGUGAUUUGACAAUUGGUUUGCUGUCAGUAUUCCCCUUCCUUUUCCCCACCCAUUCUACUCUUUCCUAUAUUCGUCUCGACACACUCUUAACCCCGAUCCAUUCGCAUUGCUGUUAA